UAUUUAUACUUGGUAGUGCAUUUUGACAGAAUCUACAACAAUAAAUAAUAAUCAAGAUAAAACCUGAAUAGUAAAAAUUUCCUUUACUAGUAUUAACCUUGAAAUAGAAGUGUAUGCGUGCCAAAAUUAUCGUUUACUAACACGGUUUAACUGACGUUAUGCGACAGCUGCUUACAGCGUGCGAUGGAAGACUCAGAGCGGAACCGAUCAAGUGAGCGUAUACAGUAUCCUGAUUACAUGUUUUCGGAGAUUCGCAACCAAAAUGACCAAUUUAGACCGAUGGGUUUUCAACCUCAGCAAAAUUCCGAAGUUUGGACCAAUUAUUUACCCCAAUUCAACCCCACCGAAGGUCACCAAAUCAACAUGUCCCGUAUCAACAAUCCAUCUGGCUAUAACUUUUGUCAUACAAAUCAAGUAUUUCAUGAUCAGGCUGAUAUAUUUCCAAUGCAUAUGCACCAAAACAUCCCAAAUACGGAUCUGAAUGAUUUAACUGGAAUUUAUCCCCAAGAUUAUAAAUAUCCUGGAGUCAAUCUUUAUUCAAACAACCCUGAGAAUGGUUUUUUAAAUCGAAAUUGUAUUUACCCUCCAUCUACUCAAAUCCCAAGUCGUCCUCAAGGAAGCAACACAGCUAUUUUAGAAAAUGUACUUGGAAAUUGGACUCCAACAUCAUCUGGAACUUAUUCUCCUUUUGGUAAUGUACCCUCGCCAAAUUUAAAUAUAUUCGAGCAUAAAAGUCAUUUAAGUCCUGAUGAUUUAAAUUUAAACCAUGAAAGACCCAAUAAUGAAGAUCUGCACUUUCAAUUUGCGAAUAGAGAUACAAGAAAACCACGAAUGGUUGCUGAAGUAAAACCAAUGAGACCAACUUAUUCAGAUGUUUUAUUAAAAUCAGUUCCUACAAAUGGAAAUGUUAAACCAGGUAAAAUCGAUCAUAAAGAUAUAAAGAUAAAAAAAGACACAAAAAAAUGUGUUAAAAAUGAAAAAUCUCAAAAAAUUAAUGGUUUAAAUCGAAGCAACACCACAAAUGAAAUAAAGGAAGUCACAAAUGAUAAGAAUCAUACUAAAUCCUAUGAUAAAAGUAAAGAAAAUAAAUCGAAUCAGUUGAAUAGAAAAUGGGUUUCCUUGGAUGAUGUUUCUGAACCAUUUACAAUUGCCCAAGAAGUGAAAGAAAAGAAAACCGAGGAAAAUGCUACAAAUAAACCAAUACAAAAAAAUAUUAAUAAUCAUAAAAAACAAUCCACCACAAAUAACGUCAAUAAUAAAUCUUUGAUUGAAACUGUUGAUACAGAUUCCGGAUUACAAACUAAAAAUGAAUCUUAUUUCUCUAAUAAUCGUACUACUGUGAAAAAAAAUAAUCAAAAAAGUGCUUCAAAACAAAAAGGAGGAAAUUCUUUAAACUCAGAUUAUCAAAAUUUUAAUAAUAAUGGAAAUCGAAAAGGAUUUAGGGGGAGGAAGAAAGAAAAUCAAGUUCCUUUUGAUGUAUACAGGCAAAAAUUGGCUAUUUAUUUGAAAAAUUGGUGGAAAUUUUGUGUUAGUUUUAUUUUGUGGCUGUUUCAUCUCGUUGCUGAUAUUUGUAGCUUAAGUUGGCAAAUUUGGCGUGAUAGUAUGACAUUUAUGUGGACAUGGACUAUAAUAAAUUGGGCAUCAUUCAAAGAAUCCUGCAUUUACAUAGUGCGUCGUGUACGGUUAUUUAUGUGGAUCUAUGAAAAAUUCAAUAAACCGAAAGAAAAAGAAGAGAAAAAGCCGUUCGUACGAGCUGGACUUCAGUACAACAUCAAUAUGCCCCAAACCGGCGAGGAAGCAAUGAAACGCCUUUUAGCGUGUAAGGGUAAAGAUCCUUAUAGCAUUUUAGGCGUAACUCCGGCAUGUACGGAUGACGAUAUCAAACGUUACUAUAAAAAGCAGGCUGUGUUGGUACAUCCGGAUAAAAACAAACAACCAGGAGCUGAAGAAGCUUUUAAAAUAUUAGUACAUGCAUUCGAUAUGAUUAAUGAACCAGAAAGGAGAGCAGCCUACGAUAGGGGUGUUGCUGAAUCAGCUCAAGUAGAACAAGCAUGGACAGAGUUGACAGAACUUUUAGCACAGUUUCAACAAAAAGUCGAAGCGGCAGCAAAAACGAUACGUUGUAGUUACUGUGGUUCAGGGCAUAAAAGAACAAAAAUAGAAAGACCAACAUACGCCGCACGAAAUUGCAACAUGUGUAAAAUAUUCCACGCAGCUCGCGAAGGCGAUAUAUGGGCGGAAGCGACUUGUUUCGGGUUGUUAUGGAAUUAUUACGCGUGCAUGGACGGAGGAGUGUAUGAUAUAACGGAUUGGGCGAGUUGCCAAAAAAACAGUUUGAAGCAACUAAAACCCGAUUCGCAUAACGUCCAAUAUAGAAUUGCACUUGGAAAAUCACAACCAGGCUCUUCUUGUAAACGACAUUCACCAACCGGGCGACAUUCAACAGCCGGCGCUGAAGAUCCGAAUAAUUUGGAGAAUCUUUUGAAUAAGUUUUACGGGCAGAAUGUUGAUGGAGGUGCGAAUGGUCGACGCAGAAACAAUAGGAAGAAGUUUAAGUGAUUCUGAUUUGUGACUGUACGUUUUUAUUUUAAUUAAUAAGUGUAAUAAUGCUAAAUAAAAAAGUAAAAGCUUCAUA